UGAUGCACUACCAAAUAGGCAAAUACCCAAUUAAUAUAAAAUCGAUCAUAUCCUCCUACCUAACCUUUCCACUCCCAAAAUAAUGGCGUUUUUAUCAGCUUUUCUCAGUUGCAUUCUUCUUCUCUCCCUGUCGCUUUCUUCUUCUUCUUCUUCUUCUCAGUUUGCAGAUGGAUGCUACACUUCCAUUUUUGCAUUCGGCGAUUCAUUGACCGAUACUGGAAACUAUCUUAGCCUGUGCUUGAAGGGGCUCCAAACGUACGAUAGAUUCCCCUUCAUCGGUCUUCCACCCUACGGAGAAACCUUCUUCGGCCGUCCCACCGGCCGCUGCUCCGACGGACGUCUCGUUCUAGAUUUCAUCGCUGAGCAUUACGGGCUUCCGCAUGUGCAGCCGUACUUCGGUGGCGAGAACUUAAACCUUGAAGCCGGCGUGAACUUCGCCGUCGCCGGAGUUCCGGCGCUGGAUGUUGACUUCCAUGAGGAAAGAGGAAUCCAUUUUCGUAACAACAUAUCCAUGAGGACUCAACUCAAAUGGUUCACAGAUUUGCUCCCUUCUCUCUGCAAAAACUCAAGCUGCAAGGAGAUAUUCGAAAGGUCGUUAGUCGUAUUUGGACCAUUUGGCGGUGACGACUAUGGUAACGUCUUCUUUCAGAAGAGCGUAGAGGAGAGCUUAGAGGAUGCCCAAUCACUCCAGCCUCUAAUAGUUGACGCCAUCACUUCUGCAAUUGAGGAACUGAUUGAACUAGGAGUGGUAAAUUUAAUGGUACCAGGAAUGCUUGCAGAUGGAUGCUUAGCAAUCACCUUAUCAUUCUUUUAUACUUCAUAUAAUGCACAUGAUUACGACCCAGAAACUGGCUGUCUCACUUUGCUAAAUAAGUUUGAUGAAAAUCACAACAAUCUUCUUCAGGCUGCAUUAGUAGGCAUUCGAGAGAGACAUCCCCAUGUUUCAAUUGUGUAUGCGGAUUAUUAUAAUGCCAGUUUACAACUUUAUCGCUCUUCUGAAAAAUUUGGAUUUAUAAAGAGACCACUUAAAGCUUGUUGUGGAGGAGGAGGGCCAUACAAUUACAACUCCAGUGUACCCUGUGGGUACUCUCCCUCGCAGGCCUGUGUUGAUCCUUCCUCUUAUAUCAAUUGGGAUGGAGCUCACUUAACUGAGGCAGCUUACAAAUGGAUCUCCAAGGCUGUGCUCAAUGGCCAUUUUACCAUUCCACGCAUUAACUCAUUGUGUAAUUUGCCAUAUGAAAAAAAGGCCUAUGUAUGAAUAUCAUUUUAUGAGAACUCAAUAGGUGUGUUUAGUUUAAACAUUGGAAUUAGAAUGGUAAUAUAAUGGGAAUCAA